GCAGAGCAGAGAUGGUGCGCAGCUCGCUGGGACUCUGUGACCAGCCGUCUGUCACUUUUACCGGGGCUCAGUUUUCUGACAUUACCACGGAAUGGGAAAGACUGGAUUGAUUUUUUUCUACAUUUACACUGCAUGAAUGUGUCGCGUAAUGCGACCGACAAUAGAUGCCUUUUGGGGGAAAUAUUUAUGAUUUGGGACGAUUUUGUUGGAGUAGCUAGUUGCUAGCGCUGGGCUAGCGACUGUGCUCUCUACUUCGAACGUAUUUUGCAAGGAUGCUACGGUGGAUACGACAGCAGCUGGGCUUUGACCCCCCUCAUCAGAGUGAGACCAGGACGGUUUACGUAGCAAACCGUUUCCCCCAGCAUGGCCACUACAUACCACAACGCUUUGCAGACAACAGAAUCAUCUCAUCCAAGUACACCAUUUGGAAUUUUGUCCCCAAGAAUCUGUUUGAGCAGUUCAGAAGGAUAGCCAACUUCUAUUUUCUCAUUAUCUUCCUUGUACAGUUAAUGAUAGACACCCCAACUUCCCCAGUCACCAGCGGUCUGCCUCUUUUCUUUGUGAUUACAGUAACUGCAAUAAAACAGGGCUAUGAGGACUGGCUGAGACACAAGGCAGACAAUGAGGUGAAUGGGGCUCCAGUGUUUGUGGUUCGCAGUGGAAGUCUGGUCCAGACAAGAUCUAAGAACAUCAGGGUAGGGGACAUUGUUCGUGUGGCUAAAGAUGAAACGUUCCCUGCUGACCUGGUGUUGCUGUCAUCAGAUCGUGCAGAUGGCACCUGUCACAUCACCACAGCCAGCCUCGACGGAGAGACCAACCUUAAGACCCACUUCUCUGUGGCAGAGACAUCAGUGUGUCAGUCAGUGUCCCAGCUGGAGGCUCUGCAGGCUGUGGUGGAGUGUCAACAACCAGAAGCUGACCUGUACAGGUUUGUUGGUCGGGUCACGGUGACUCAGCAUGGGGAGGAGAUAGUCAGACCGCUGGGUCCGGAGAAUUUGCUGCUGCGAGGGGCCAGGUUGAAAAAUACCAAAGAGAUUUUCGGUGUGGCAGUUUACACAGGGAUGGAGUCCAAGAUGGCCCUCAACUAUAAGUGCAAGUCCCAGAAACGCUCUGCAGUGGAGAAGUCCAUGAAUACCUUCCUAAUCAUCUACCUGGGCAUCCUCCUGUUCGAGGCCAUCCUCAGCACCAUCCUGAAGUAUGCCUGGCAGGCUGAGGACAAAUGGGACGAGCCUUUCUACAACCAAAAGACAGAACAAGAGAGAAACAGCAGUCCGAUCUUGAAGUUCAUCUCAGACUUCUUGGCAUUUUUGGUCCUCUACAACUUUAUUAUCCCCAUCUCACUCUACGUUACUGUGGAGAUGCAGAAGUUCCUGGGCUCCUUUUUCAUUGGCUGGGAUUUGGACCUUUACCAUGAGGAAAGUGACCAGAAAGCUCAGGUCAACACCUCUGACCUCAAUGAGGAGCUGGGGCAGGUGGAGUAUGUUUUUACUGAUAAGACGGGUACGCUAACGGAAAACGAGAUGCAGUUCCGUGAGUGUUCAAUUAACGGAACCAAGUACCGGGAAGUUAACGGCAAACUGGUACCGGAGGGAAUGACAGACGAUUCACCAGAUGGUUCUACGCCCCACCUGAUUGGCGAGGAAUUAUUAUUUCUCAAGGCGGUGUCAUUGUGUCACACAGUUCAGAUCAGCUACGACCAGCCAGACUGCCUGGUUGGGGGAGGAGACCCAUUCUCCCAUGCAAACGGUUUCUCUUCCAAUCACAUGGAAUACUAUGCCUCUUCACCGGAUGAGAAAGCUUUAGUAGAGGCAGCAAAGAGAAUUGGAGUGGCCUUCACUGGCAGCAGCGGAGAUACCAUGGAAAUCCAAACAUUUGGCAAGUCAGAGAAGUAUAAACUGCUCCAUGUGUUAGAGUUUGAUGCUGACCGUAGGAGGAUGAGCGUCAUACUACAGACUCCCUCAGGAGGCAAAGUGCUGUUCACCAAAGGCGCAGAGUCAGCUAUCUUGCCUUUCACCACCAGCGGUGAGAUAGAAAAGACGAGAUUGCACGUUGAUGAGUUUGCACUGAAAGGUUUGCGGACCCUGGUGGUAGCAUGUCGCCACUUCAGCCCAGAGGAGUACAUCGAUGUGGACAGGUGUCUGAAUAGUGCCCGCACCGCGCUGCAGCAGAGGGAGGAGAGACUGCAGGAAGCCUUCAGCUACAUUGAGAGAGACCUGCAGCUCCUGGGAGCAACGGGGGUGGAGGACAAACUCCAAGACAAAGUCCAGGAGACCAUUGAGGCUUUACGGCUGGCAGGAAUCAAGGUAUGGGUGCUGACAGGGGACAAACAUGAAACAGCGGUCAGUGUCAGCCUGUCCUGCGGCCACUUCCACAGAACCAUGAACAUCCUGGAGCUCCUGCAGCAGCGCUCUGACAAUGAGUGUGCGGAGCAGCUCCGCAGACUGGCCAGGAGGAUAAAGGAGGACCAUGUCAUACAGCAUGGGUUAGUCGUGGAUGGGGCCAGUCUUUCUUUAGCGUUGAGGGAACACGAGAAGCUCUUUAUGGAAGUGUGUAAAAACUGUUCAGCUGUGCUGUGCUGCCGCAUGGCCCCACUGCAGAAGGCUAAGGUGGUACGUCUUUUAAAAACAUCUCCAGAGAAACCCAUUACCUUAGCUAUUGGGGAUGGAGCCAAUGAUGUCAGUAUGAUACAGGAAGCCCAUGUGGGCAUAGGUAUCAUGGGGAAGGAGGGUCGUCAGGCCGUGAGAAACAGUGACUAUGCAAUUGCCAGGUUUAAGUUCCUGGCUAAACUACUGCUGGUCCACGGUCACUUCUACUACAUUCGAAUAGCUACCCUUGUACAGUACUUUUUCUACAAGAAUGUGUGUUUUAUCACGCCCCAGUUUUUAUACCAGUUCUUCUGUUUGUUUUCACAACAAACUCUGUACGACAGUGUUUAUCUGACACUAUACAACAUCUGCUUCACCUCGCUGCCCAUCCUGGUGUACAGUCUGUUUGAACAGCUGGUCCAUCCACACGUACUGCAGAAUAAACCUGGCCUGUACAGGGACAUCAGCAAGAAUGCUCUGCUGUCUUUUCGGACAUUCCUGUACUGGACUCUGUUGGGCUUCUGUCACGCCUUUGUCUUCUUUUUUGGAUCGUACAUACUGAUGGGAGAAGACACCACACUUAUGGGCAAUGGACAGAUGUUUGGAAACUGGACAUUUGGAACGCUGGUCUUUACUGUCAUGGUCAUCACUGUCACAUUAAAGCUUGCUUUAGAGACUCAUUUCUGGACAUGGAUGAACCAUUUUGUGACAUGGGGUUCGAUUGCCUUCUACUUCAUCUUCUCUCUCUUCUAUGGAGGCAUCAUCUGGCCAUUUCUCCACACCCAGGACAUGUACUUUGUAUUCGUGCAGCUGCUGUCCAGCGGCUCAGCAUGGUUUGCCAUCAUCAUCAUUGUCAUAACUUGCCUCUUUCCUGAUGUGGUGAAGAAGGUCUUCUACAGACAUCUGCUGCCCACCAGCACACAGAAGAGUCAGUCUCUAUCAGCCCCCCAGGCGCAGACCCUCAGCUGUGUGGAGUCCCUGUGCUGCUACCAACAUGGGCAGAGCGGCUGUUCCCGCCUGGCCCGCUUCCUGGAGCAAAUGACCGGGCAGUGCCAGGCCAGUGCCAACCAUUGCCACACGUCCAGCUGCAGCAACAGGUGGGGAGGACGACAACGACAACAAACAAUGAUUAUGAAACCUGAUGAAACGUCCCCGCAUCUCGGUUUCAAAAAUUUGGGCUGCAGUCCUGACUGCUAUAGCCCAUAAUGUGGCUACAACUCUACUGUCUUGGAAUGACGCGGACAACUUCUACUCCAACGAUCGCAGCAUCCUGACGCUGUCACCCAUCGAGGCCACCCACUGCUGACUCCCGGGGCCACUGACUGUAACACACAGAGCUGGGGGGGGGGCUACCGCUCCGCUAUGAGUCAUAAUCACACCCCCACACUCCUGCCACCAUUUUAUAAACCUACUUGAGUUUAAACUCGAUGCAGCUGGAUGCAAAGCGGACUCAAACGGGAGCUUUGAAACCAAAGGACUCGGUUCAUUGCAGCAGGCUGCUUUAUCCUCCAGCAGUUUACGCCCCAGUGUGAAUCAACUCUUGAUAGAAAGGUGCAAGCUGCAAGAUAAAAGGAAAUGAAACAUGAAGUGUGAAGCGAGUCAGCAUGGCAUGAAGCGGACAUCUGUGGACCUAAGUCAGCAGCAACAAUUAUCAGAUUCCUGCUUCCAACAGGGCGACAUAUUUAAAUCCACUACCUUUAAAAACAGUUAAAGAAAACAUUUCUAGUCUUACAUUUAAUUAAUCAGCUCACAGGUGCUGCCUUGGAGAUCAGACCAGUUUCAUGAACAUGCAACUAUUUAUUUUUCAUUUUCAAUACAGUUGCCAAACUUUUUUUUUUUCUUGCAACUGGCAUUAAAACCACCUUUUAAGUCUCACAUAUUCAGAGACACAGAAUGGAGAUUCCUGAUCGUCCGGACUUGUUGCUACAAACGUUGGCUAAUGUCAGGCUUCACCCCUGCUUGAAAGCAUUGCAGCCUGAGGACUUCGACUUAACCCAGCUGGUUUGGUCGGGCUGACUACGACACCACGAACCAGGAUCACCCAUGUAGCACCCGGACAAAAGCUCAGCAGUCAGACUACAUUAGGAAUUCACAUUCAUUUUGUCAUUCAGACCACCCUUAAUCCUGUAGCAUCCAGAGCCCUUGUUGAUCCAGCAGUUCUGCCAUCUUGUCUCCUUCAUACGUAUGCUAAUCCCUCAAUACUGAACACGGAGCUUCAUCUCUACUGUGGUACCAAAGACCAAAGGAUUCAGACCGGAGUUUAACAGAAAAAGUGUUUAUUUUUGUGCCUGAUUGUACAGAAGCUUAUAUUGUUAUUAAGAAGACUAUUGUUGAAGAUUAUUGUUCGUGCUGCUUUCUCGUUGUGACUCUUCAGGCCCGUCUUCCUGGUGCGUCGCUCUAAAGGAGGCCAGAUGGGUCUGCUUAAAAAGCCAUACAUUUUUCAAGAGGUUAUAUUAUUGGUAGAUUAUUGAAGGUACUGCAGACGGAAGCUGUUUGAGCCUGUUGUUACUUUGUACAUGUUCCCCUUGAAUGCCUUCUCUCAUUCAGCCUGGUUAGCAAAGGCAUCUCAGCAUCAAAGACCAUGAUGUCAGGGAACAUUUUGAGGUAACGAAAGAAUCCAAAGCUGCAAAAAUCGACCUAAUCAGGAAUCGAUUAGAAUUUGAGGUAUUUGAUCAGAUAAUGGUACAACUUUGAUUUCAGGAAGACAAACAUGGCUUUAAUGCUAAGAUGCUUUUCCAAAUCAUGGCUAAUGCAUGUUGACCCUGACAGCAGAAUGUCUCUAUCUUCACAGAGAUAGAUUUAUCAGAUAAAUAUGAUUCAGCUUCAACAGAGGUAAAAAGAAAAGCAGAGCGUUUGCACAAGUCACAUAUCAAAAAAUCACUUUUUUUUCCUUGUUUUUUUUUUUGUUCUUCCGUUUCUUAAAUCAUUGCUCGUCUGUCACCAUCGAAAUCAUCUGAAUCAUGUUUUUGCUGUUACGUUGUUAUUGCCAUUUGUGUUUCUAUCCACCUGUUGAUGAAGUGUGUGUGUUGGUGUGUUCCUCUGUAUGGCAGCCAUGUUGUUUGAAGGAGGUAAAGUACUUAGCUUUGUUGUAAGCUCUUACAGAUCUGUACGAUGUCAGUGACCACAUGCUGCCACCAGGUUAAAGGUCAAAUGUUUCUCUUUGUGUGCUCUCUUCAAAAGAAAAAAGAAAAAAAGUGAAAACACGUCAAAUUAGGAAAAUUGGGUCAGUUCAUAUUUAUUUGAAUCCAGAAGUGGAGUGAGAGCUGAUAGAAGUGCAAUGACAAGACAACCGUUUUAAACUUGACAUCAAGAACCACACAAUUACAUGUCUCAGCUCACACAGGGACACACAGUCAUAGGAUGUCUCUGUUGCGCUGUGGUUACGGUUUGAAUACGUGAGUCAUAUUCUUGUCAAUUCAUUGAAUAUUCGUGGUGUUUAUUUUCUAUAUGGUACACAUUGUUUGAUGCAUAGCUGGGCCUGUUAUAUCAUCUGUUCACACAGGCACAACUGACAAUGAAAGUGUCUAUUUAUUAUUGCAGUAAUUUGUUUUCCUUGUGUUUGUGUUAAACCUUUCCUACAUAUCAAUGUGUGUUGGUCCUGUAAAAGGCCAGAAUGCAGCGACUUCCAAAUGUGUUUCACUUGAUCCUAGACCUGUAAUCAGGAGGCUGAACAUCUGUAUGUGUGUGGUGCAGCCGCACACUGGAAAUAACCAGAAUGUUAGUAUGUUACAGGACAUUUAAACACAAUUUAACACUUUAAAAGGUCAAUCACUCCAUCCAACACAUACUGAUCAUCACACUGUUGCUCUAAAUCUUAUUUCCAAUAAGCACCUUAGGCCACAUUUACGCAGGAAAUUUUUUAAAAACCAUUUAACCUCACAUUUGAUAUUAAAAUAUCUUCUAGGAUGCACCUAUGGUAUCUGUUAUCUGUACCUGGAUUAGGAAGUACAUGUUAAUGCUGUUUAAAAAGGGGCACUCCACGGAUUUUACACAAAGGUCAUUUUAUUUUUCAACUUUGUACGACCCAGACUGUGAAACUGUUGUCCUCUGAACAGAGCUUUGUAAAGUCUGAUGUAAUCUUGAUUUGACAAGAAAAAGGUUUGUUAUUAUAAACUAGAAGCAUGGAGUUCGAAAGAUGAGAAGAUGAGGGCAUUUAACAGGUAGGGAGGGUCUAAUGAAAGAUGCUAUAGUUGCAUUGUGAGAAAUGUAGCCAGUACCAGCGGGAACUUAAGUCUCAUUAUCUCAACCUUUGCUGCAUUAAUUUUGACAGUACUUGUUUCAGUCUAACUUCAUGGAAGUGCAGUACUCUAUCCAGAAUGCCCCUUUAAUACAUUAAAAAAGAGAGGUCAGAUUUGAUGCAGCAGAGUUCAAAAUAUCUUAAGGUCCCUAAUACGGGUCAAAAACGCUGGAUCUUUAAAUUCUCAUAAUGAAACUCAGCAGCAUCUUUGCUUUAACCCUCUGUACCUGGUAAAUGCUGAUGUCUUUCCAGCUCCACACCCCUAGUUCAUGCCACAGGUUUUCUGUUAAAAGGAUAGGUUCACAUGUUUUCAAUUCUAUAUCAAAACAACAUCCACAUGACACAUACACAUGUAUUUUGAAGGAAUUAUUUAAAGCUGUAAUUGUUCCCCUGUCCAAGCAAUCCCUUCUCAGUGUGACUUCAUUGUAAGAGAUGAGGGACAAAAUCCACAGUCCACGUUCUGUGCAAAAAGUGCUGCAGCUGCUUGAGUUAGACGAAUCAAGUGGGUGUCUUCCAAAGUUAGUGUUUUUAGUGUGAAAUUCCCUCAGUGCUUUCCUGCUUGAGCUUCAGUAGGAGAAUAAUAGCAAGGUACGGUACGUCUUUGCACAGACUAUGGAGGAUUUUAUCCCCCUUCAUUUCCACUGGAAACAUGUUAGUAAGAGAUCUCUUACUGUAUGAAGAGGAGGAAUGAUUACAGCAGGCAGAUACUGUUUCACUGCAGACACUGACCUGAAUAUUGUUAUUAAGAAGGACUUGAAAAAUUAAAAUUAUGAACUUAUCUUUUAAUGUGUAAAAUUGUUGGUGCUGCUUUGAUGCACAUACCACAUGUAAUGGUGAGCAGGGCUGGGCGAUGUGGCUGAGGUUAAUACACAAUGUUUUCAAAAUCUCAAAUCAAUUUAAACUAAUUUAAUAUUAGUAUUUUACCUACACAUAGCUCGUAAAUACUCUAUUUUUUUAAAUGAUCAUUUUGAUCAUAACACCAUGUUAUUAUUGAGUUAAAGGUCAGUAAAUUAUCAUAUCGAAUUAUCUCCCAGCCCUCAUGGUGCCACAGUCAGACAAAAAAACAAAAACAAAACUGCCAUAUCCACCCAGGGAGUAGAAAUCAAAAUGGGACAACUCACCUCUGGACCCAGCACCACUGUGUAGGUGCAUUUCAGGGCGUCAGUGCCGUGACACUGCAGCACUGUGACUGUCUACAUGAUGUCAGAGCAGAUGGCAGAGGAGCGGAGAUGAGUCCUUCCUGGCCAAAGGCCGAUAAGGCUGAGCUGUGCAGAAACACCUGCAGUGUCAGUCACCUCUGAUGCCCCCUUGUGCUCACCUGCGGAAGCCCAAAGUGUUCAAAAUGAAAUAAGAUAUUAUGACAAAAGUAAUUAAUUAUGUUUCAUGGGCAAAUAUCAUUAGAGAUAUACAGUAAGUGUGACAUUUAAAUAAAACGUGAGUUCAAGACUAUAUCAAUGAUGCCAAAAAUAUACAUGAAAACAUUCACAUGAACUGUUUUUAACUAUUGUAAGCAACAUAAUUACAUAAACAGCCACACCCUGUUUAUCUUGAUUGACAGAGUUAUUAGAUUUAAAGAAAAGAAAAAAAAGAGCUAUUAAAUUAAAAAAAAACUAAAAAGUAAUUUCUGGGAAAUGAUUAAUAAACUGAAAAAACUGACAUUUUAAAAAACCUGUUAUUCUGGAAAGAAGCUGGAUGAAGUAACAGUUUAUCACAAUGAGCUGUGAUUUAAAAAUCUAUAGAAUUACUUCAUUUCUUGAAUAAAUAUUAUUUAAAUAUUUAGUGUUUUGAACACUUUGGGUUUCUAUAGUCACCUGUGUUUUUAUCCAGACUGUAUAUCCUGGCACAGAUUUUUUCUUUUAGCAUAUCAAAUGUAAUUGUUGCCCAGAUGGCACUAAUGUGAUAUUUUCUACUGGUGUUUAUGCAGAAAAGAGAUGCUGUAUAUUUUCUUAAGAUCAGAUGUGACAUUGAAAACAUCCCAGACCUGAUUCUCUGAAGCACUGACGUCACCUGAGCUCCAGUACAAGCAGCAGCAGCAGCAGUGAGGUUUGGAUACGAGGCCUCUGGGGUAUUUCUAGAAGCAGGAGAUUACUCAUCCACAUAAUUGAAAAAAUUAUAAUUUAAUAUUUUAUCACACCAAGAUGAUGAUCAUCCAUCAGGAGCACCACCCCAGUUUAAUUGGAUGUAGUAUUUAAGACAUGGAAAGCUGUUUAGUUCUGUCUGUAGGCGUGGUUUUCCUGCUUCUGGAAAUAUUGGCCAUAUAUUGAAUAAGACCAGCAUCAGCAGUGACGUAAUCGUUGUCCUCUGCUUGAGAAACAAAAAAAUUGGAAUCAAGACUUUUGUUAAGUCUUUAUAUGUCUGUGAUAUUUGCUUGAUCUUGAACAGUUGACAGAAAUUGUGCUUGUGCGAGGGUCAAACUAAAUCCUCAGUUCAGUCAGCAGACAGUGAAGAAGAGGUGCUUUUGACACGAGACACAUUUAAACGGUGGCAGAUGACGUCAGUGCACAGAGGCUCUUGGAAAACUCAGCCACUGUUUGCAGACUUGAAUCAAAUUAAGGUUCCCUUGAUCGAAUCAGCUAAAAACAGGAAUCUAAAUUAAAAUGUCAACCGAUCGGUUUUCCGCAGCAGAACGUCCUGUGACUCAGCAUCACCCAGUAAAAGACUCAAGGCUGCAGAUCAUCAGUGCUGGGCGGUUUGUCUAGAACAUCCACCCCCCCACCCUACCCCACCCCACCCCACCCUACCCCCCAUCAGUAAAUCACGCCUCAGACGAUUAAUAAACCACCAUCAUCACUCUUCUGUUGUGUGAUACCUGUUGCUCUGUCUGUCUGUCUGUCUGUCUUCCUCUUCCUCCUGUCUGUAAAUCUGUCCUAUAGCUCGCGUUUAUGAAGAUGCGAUUCUAUUUACAAAAUAAACACAUUUUUAAGAAAUA